AUGGCUGAGCAACCCCCACCAUUGGUUGCAAGGCCACCACCUCCGUUCACUCAAAUAUUGCAGAAAGUCAAGGAUAAUGCCGCGUAUAAAAAAUUUCUUGAUAUUUUAAAGCAGGUGCAGAUUAAUAUCCCAUUGGUUGACAUCUUACAAGAAGUACCCAAAUAUGCAAAGUACAUCAAGGACAUAGUGGCAAAUAAAAGGAGGCUGACCGUGUUCAAAACUGUGGCACUCACUGAGGAGUGCAAUUCAAGAAUUCAAGGCAAGUUACCUCAGAAAUUGAAGGAUCCAGGUAGUUUCACUAUCCAAAUCUCGAUUGGUAAACAUGCUGUUGGGCGAGCUUUGUGUGAUCUUGGAGAAGGCAUCAAUUUGAUGCCGCUAUCUGUGUUUAGACAGUUGGGUUUGGGUGAGCCACGCCCAAGAACAGUUAUCUUACAAUUGGCUGAUCGCUCCCUUACUCAUCCUGAAGGAGUGAUUAAAGAUGUGUUAGUUCAAGUGGGUUCUUUCAUAUUCCCUGCUGAUUUCAUUAUCUUGGAUUACAAGCCUGAUCAGGAAGUCCCAUUUAUUUUAGGGCGUCCAUUCUUAGUCACGGACUGA